AUGCUUCACGACCUCUAUUAUAUAUUAGGCUUCACGCCCGAAGCAGGCAACUUCCAAAUGAAUAACAAUGAUGAAGGGGGUCAGGGAAAUGACGCAGUCACAGUCAAUGUGCAGAAGAAUGGCGCCUUCAAUAAUGGUGUGUUCUUCCAGGAAGUCGAUGGAAGGUCUCCAGAAAUGAGGAUAUACCCAUUCGACAAAACCGAUCCUAUGAGAGACACGUCCGAUCGAAUGACGGGGCCACUUGAUAAUGGAGAUUGUCUCAGCUCUUUCGAGCCUGACGGAAUGGCUGAGAGAUGGAGCGACUUUUAUGCGGCGGCUUUGACUGUCAAGCCCGAGGCAGACCGGAGCUCGACUUAA